AUGUUCGCCCAGCUUCGCAACGCCCUCGCUCGCAACGCUUCCGUCUUCCAGACGGCGCGCAACGCGUCCAGCGGCGCCAACGGUAAGGCCUGGGCCGUGGACCUCAUGGCCAGCGAGGCUGGCAUCAGCAAGAAGCAGGCUGAGAUCGCGUUGAAAUCCCUGCUCGCGGGCAUCGAGGGAGCCGUGGUGGCUGGAGAGAGGGUCACGUUCCAGGGCUUUGGGUCCUUCGAGUCCGUCGCCAGGGCGGCGCGCACCGGCGUCAACCCCCAGAACCCCACCCAGAAGAUCAAGAUCCCGGCCUCCAUGGCCCCCAAGUUCAAGGCUGGCUCCGCGUUCAAGUCCGCCGUGAACAAGUAG